CCAGCCUGAGUACCACAGUUCCCAGCAUAGCUUUCCCGGCCGGCCGCAGCCGCAGCCGCCGAAGGGGCGUGUCCAGUGAUAGAGUUACACAAGCACGUUCAGAGCCGGCGAGGGCUUUUCCUUUCCCAUUCCCACUUCCGGAAACCAAAGCUGUUGAGGAGAAACGCUGUGUUUCCAGGAAGGCUGCGCCGGAAUUCACGAUUGUCAGAGGCACACUGCGGGUAUAAGUGUUUCUUAACUUCUCCUGGGAUAAAAGUUCUAAAUGUCUGUGCCUCCCUCCCAAGUCAGGCAAUGGUAAGAAGGAUGGUAUGAGCCGCAAAGUUUGUCUCAGUUUGCACCAACUGAUCCUGUGAGCCAGACUUGUGCUCUAGGGAAACGUAUUGAGAAACUGAAUUAUGCCUGUGCCCACUUCCAGAUAUUUGUCAUUGAUGUUGAAAAGGUUUAUUUGGAUUCUCUUGGCAAGCUUCAAAAUCACCACAUUGCUGUAUGUAAGAUACUGUGUGCUGGUACCUCGGCCUUCAAGGGACUUCUUUAUUGAGAAUCAAUGCCUCUCCUAGGUAAUUGAUCACCGUAGACCCAGGGACACUCAAUUCAUCCUGGAGGGUGGGUAAUCAUCAUGAAUAAUCAAGACGCUGUGACUUCGAUAUUGCAUGAAUGCAAGCAAGCGCUGGAUCAUCUCUUGUUGGAAACGCCAGAUGUGUCUACCGAAGACAAGAGCGAGGACCAGCGGUGCAGAGCUUCACUCCCCGGCGAGUUAAGGACCCUGAUCCAGGAGGCAAAGGAAAUGAAGUGGCCCUUCGUGCCUGAAAAGUGGCAGUACAAACAAGCCAUGAGCCCAGAGGACAAAACAAACCUGCAAGAUGUGAUUGGCGCCAAGCUGCAGCAGCUACUGGCGGCCUUGCGAGCCUCCAUCCUUGUCCGGGACUGCGACGCCGCCGCCGCUAUUGUCUUCUUGAUGGACCGGUUCCUGUACGGACUCGACGUCUCGGGAAAACUCCUGCAGGUCGCCAAAGGCCUGCACAAGUUGCAGCCCGCGACGCCCAUCGCCCCGCAGGUGGUCAUCCGCCAAGCCCGGGUCUCCGUCAACUCAGGGAAACUGCUGAAGGCGGAGUACAUCCUGAGCAGCCUGAUAAGCAACAACGGAGCAACUGGUACCUGGCUGUAUAGAAACGAAAGUGACCAAAUUCUGGUGCAGUCGGUCUGUAUACAGAUCAGAGGACAAAUUCUGCAGAAACUAGGCAUGUGGUACGAAGCUGCAGAGUUGAUAUGGGCCUCCGUCGUAGGCUAUCUGACGCUCCCUCAGCCAGACAAAAAGGGCAUUUCCACAUCACUGGGUAUCCUGGCGGACAUCUUCAUUUCCAUGAGCAAAGCAGAUUAUGAAAAGUUUAAGAACAACCCACAGGUCAACUUGGCCUUGCUCAAGGAGUUUGACCACCAUUUGCUGUCAGCGGCCGAAGCCUGCAAACUGGCAGCUGCCUUCAGUGCCUACACGCCCCUGUUUGUGCUCACAGCUGUGAAUAUCCGUGGCACGUGCUUAUUGUCAUAUAGUAGCUCUAUUGACUGUCCCCCAGGAUUGAAAAGUGGGUAUCUGUAUGAUGCCAAAGAGGCUUUUGAGAUUGGCCUCCUGACCAAGAAAGAUGGAGAGCUGGUUAAUGGGAAGCAGGAGCUGCACAGCUUCAUCAAAGCCGCUUUCGGCCUCGCCACGGUGCACGGCAGGCUCCAUGGGGAGACAGAUGUGGUCCGUGCUGCAAGGCAGCUGUGCAGUGAAGCUGUGGAGAAGCUGUACACCUAUAGCACUUCCUCUACCAGCCAGGACCGAGAAGCCCUGUCUCGGGAAAUCAUGUCUCUUGUCAGCCGGGUGAAGAGACAUCUACAAGUUCAAAGCUUCCCAAAUUUAGAUGAGAGAUCUUACGUCCCAGAGAGUUUCAAAUGUGGCUUGGAUAAGCCUAUCUUGCACGGGCACAUGGAUUUCCAGCGAAUUCUUGAGACCUAUUCCCAACACCAUACUUCCGUGUAUGAGGUAUUUAAAAGCACCUGCGGGAACAGAAAAGGCAAUGAGAGAGACACAAAACCAGACAUCUGCAUCACUGCUCUGAAAACAGAAACAAACACCAUGGAUACUAUGGGUGCUACUCUAGAGGAACUGUGUUCUCAAGGGAGCAGGAGUAUAGCUUCCUCCCAGAUGGCUGAGAAAGACCAGGAGAAGCUCAGAAGGGUAAGGAGAAAAAGUUGGACCCAUUCUGAGGCAUUUCGAGUCUCCCUAGGUCAAGAUAUGGGGACUGAGACUGAGCUACCAAGCCAGAGCAAUGGCAGGGCAAAUGUUCCCCACACGUCUCUGAGUGACAGCCGUAGCUCCAGUUCUUGGAGCAAACUGUCAGGCCUCAGCUCUUCUGCAAGCUGGGAGGAGGUGAACUGUGGUGUUGAGGAUAUGGCAGGGAGAGACUCCAGCAAAGCAGAACAUCUUGUGGACACUCAGUGCUCCACGGCCCUGUCUGAGGAGCCCAAGACCGACAGAAGGGGCAGAGCUACAGACUUGUUUUCAAAGCUGUAUGGCGUCUCUCAUCAGGAAACUAAAGACCACGGUCUGCAGUCUACACAAAGCCAGUUGCACAAACACACGUCCUUAACACCCAUCGUUCCUCUCAACACAGCAGACACUUGCUUGGCCUCGGGUACGGGGUUCUUAGAAGGCCCUGAAAGAAACUGGGAUGCCAGAAAUGGAGGACCUAGGAAUACUUCUCUUCAAUCCAGCCCUUCAUGUGGCUCUGUUUCCUGGUCCUUGUCUAGUUCUGACAAGUUCACAGACAUGGCCACAUAUCCUUCAGUUCAAGAAGAAGAAACCUGUGAAAUAGUUGGUCCCUUUCCAGAAACCAAGUUUGACACCAAAGACGGGUGUGGAGGAAAAAAUGGGGGAAAGAUCACUGAAAGAUUCACAGGGCCUGCAUUUACAGAUGGCACCUCCUCAGUUGACCCGGAAGGGGAAACAGAAGAAAGCAAAGGGGAUGAGCUGCCACCCUCUCAGGUAGUUCUGGAAUGUUUAGAAGGCAGCCAUUCAAGGUUGAUAAGUAGCACUUUCUCCCCUUGUCUCUCUGUUCAGAGUGAUGGCUCAGCAAAGACGGGCAGCUCAAUUAAAGACCAGGGCCUGGACCCUGAUGCCCCCACAGAGAAUGAGGAAGGCCAACUACUUGACAGCACAGAGGUCAACCCCACUGGCCAAGAUGGCGCUCACAGACCUAGUGCUUUGAGGCCAGGUCAGAGAGACGAGAGGCCCAAUUCCUCUGUCAGUGGCUACAGUCCCUUCCCUGUCCUCAGCGAGGACUUCAGCACCACAGAGGAGGAAAAGGACCUGGGGAGCCUGCUGAAGAGCAGCCAGAACUCCAGCUCAUCCUUACAGUGGUGGCCGAAAUCAACUGCCUUUUCCAGCAGUUCUUUAGAGGGGGAAAGUUCAUGGUCUCUUCUCAACUCCAGCAGAAGUUCAUUCGCCUCAUUGCCUGGACAGACCAGGCAAGAGAUCCUUGAAGCUCGCACCCUGCAGCCCGAUGACCUUGAAAAACUCCUGGCGGGAGUCAAAAAUGACUGGCUGCUUCAGAGACUGGAGAAUACAGGAGUUUUAAAGCCCAAUCAACUCCAACGUGCACACAACGCCCUUCUGCUAAAAUAUUCCAAAAAGUCUGAAUUGUGGACAGCCCAGGAAACUGUGGUGUAUUUAGGGGACUACCUGAAAGUGAAGAAGAAAGGCAAGCAGAGAAAUGCGUUUUGGGUCCACUAUCUUCACCAAGAGGAACCUCUGGGGAGAUACGUUGGGAAGGAAUACAAGGAGUGGAAGGGGCUGCGGCACCACUUCACCGAUGUGGAGCGGCAGAUGACGGCGCAGCACUAUGUGACGGAAUUUAACAAGAGACUCUACGAACAAAAGAUCCCAACGCAGAUAUUCUACAUCCCAUCCACAGUAUUGCUGAUUUUGGAAGACAAGACUAUCAAGGGAUGCAUCAGUGUGGAACCUUACAUACUGGGAGAAUUCGUCAAGUUGUCAAAUAACACAAAAGUGGUCAAAACUGAGUACAAAGCUACAGAAUAUGGCUUGGCUUAUGGCCAUUUUUCUUAUGAGUUUUCUAAGCACAGAGACGUCGUGGUGGAUUUGCAAGGUUGGGUGACUGGCAAUGGAAAAGGCCUCAUCUAUCUUACCGACCCUCAGAUUCACUCCGUCGAUCAGAAAGAUGUCACUACAAAUUUUGGAAAGCGGGGGAUAUUUUACUUCUUUAAUAACCAGCACGCAAGAUGUAAUGAGAUAUGUCACCGUCUUUCUCUGGCUAGACCUUCCCUAGAGAAACCAAGUAACCUGUAGGCUAUAGGUUGGCAGCUUGACAGCCCUUCAGGAGCCAAGCAUCAAAUCUGCCUCCCGCAGGGCGCACAGCAUGGCGUGAUUGAUCCGUUCAGCCGUUGACUUAUAAGAGAAUUUGGAAAUGUAUGGUUCCAGCCAUUGACUUACAAGAGGAAUUGGAAAACAUUAGUUCCAAGCCCACACUUACUUGCCAGGAAAAGAUUCUGCAGACCUUGCUCCCUGUGACACGGGAACAUGUCAGGGGCUGUACUGGAUUGUAUAUGAUGUAUAGUUGUAUAUGAUGUUGGAGGUCCUGAGUUGUACGGUGAAGACAACAUAUAGGAUAGAAAACUCGGCUGAAAAUAAACUUCUGUCGUUUAAGUCAUUGUGAUUUGGGUUUGGAGGGGGUUGUUUUGCGUGUGUGUGUGUGUGUUUAUUUUUUUUGUCUAUUUGGAGGAUUUUGGUUAUUAUCCGUUAUGCUUGACAGUAUUGCUGUUUUCCUACUAACCUGAGAGUUCUGUGUACAUUUAAAAAGCUCAGACUCAGCUGGGCAGUGGUGGUGCACGCCUUUAAUUGCAGCACUCGGGAGGCAGAGUCAGGCAGAUCUCAGUGAGUUGGAGACCAGCCUGGUCUAAAAAAUCAAGUUCCAAGACAGCCAGGAAUGUUACACAGAGAAACCCUGUCUCUAAAAACAAAUAAAAUAAAAAGCUCAGACUCUUCUGAUAACUAACCAAUUUUUGUUUUUCUUUUGACAUUUUACUUUUUAUAAAACUGUGUUCCACAAAGAAUUUUUUUUAUUGAGAUGAAUUCACCAAUCUUUAUUUCAUGUUUGUGUGUGGUACCAGAUAACGUUGUGUUCUGGCUUCCUUUCCAAUUCUUCCAUGUUUCUAUCUACUGCAUUUCAGUCGAUGAGAGAUGACGGAAGAAUGAUCACGUACCCCAUGGUCACCACAGCCCAUUCUUUCCCCAUACCUUUUCUGCGCAUGAGAUCAGUAGUUUUAGUUCCUGCUGGAAGACCUGUACAAAGGGAGGGCUGAAAAUGCCUCAGGGCUACCACCCACAUUUGGGGUGUGUCUUCCCACUUGGGUUAACAUAAUCUAAAAACUCCCUCCUGGACAUGCUCAGAGGUUUGUCUCCUAAAUGAACCUGCAUCGUGUCAAAUUGAACCACCUGUUGGGAGCAGUAAGACCCCCAGAUCCUGAAUUUCUUGUAAUCCCCUGAUCUGAGUGCCUACAGCUGCUCUGAGCACGAGACCUUCAGGAGUUCCUGAUGGCAGGAGAGUGGUUUCUGGUGGGCUUGGCUGGGCCAUGGCUAUCUCUAUAUAAUCUGCCCCUGAACACAAUAAAGGGGGCAUUCAAGGAUGA